CACUGCUCACAGACUUCAUCACGGCGCGGCGGAAGCCCUUCCUUCGUCUCCGUGAGCUAGCUCGCGUCUCUAAACCGCUCAAAACCAAAGAGGAUAUAACAUUACAUAUUUGUGGGCAUGUAAUAUUUCAUAGCGGGAUUUCAUACUCCAUUCAUAUUUGCGUGGGUUGGUGGUGUAGUUUUGUGACCCUACUGGACCUUUUUGUAGUGGUUUGUAGUGGCGGUGUUUAUAGUCAGAAGGGUCGUUGUAUAGUACUAUAUUGCUCUCCUCUUCGAUGUGAGCCCAUAUUGUUACUGGGUGAUGAUACCCAUCUAUAUACCCAAAGACGAGAUAUGUGAACGCAUUAUCCAAUCUUAGCAAGAACCAUUAAAGUGAAAGUUUUGACUCCGUCAAACAAGUCAUAUAUUUGUGAAUUUGGAUAAGCAUGAACAGUAGAUGAAACGACAAGCGAUCCGUCAGGUUUUUUUUUUCUAUCUCAACUUGAUUUAUCAUGAGCACUGAGCCUGCAUGAGGUAUGACCUUCGAAGGAAUGUUAAACAACACUACACUGCAGAAGUAACGGUUUUAAAACUACACCAUUGUGAUAUUCGCGGUGUCCACUAAUUCUCCUUGAACGUGGUUUUGGAAGUCAGAUAUUUCCUCUCAAUUUUACAAUUCUACCAUCAUCAUGCAUGCCCAGUCAGCCAGUCAACUAUGUCACCAUAUAUUGGUUUUCACGUUCGUCAUUGCUGCGAUUUCAUGCACCAUUACCAAAGCACAAACCGUUUCAGGACGCUAUCUUACGGAUACUACACCUAUCAACCUUACAUCACCAAAUUAUCCGAAUCACUAUCCGAACAACUUGAACUUUGCAUAUCACAUAACUGUGCCGGACGGAUGUCGGAUAUUGGCCAAAUUCCAUUUUCUAAGCCUUGAAAGCAACAGCGAUUUCCUGUCAUUUGGAGAUGGUAUUGGGAGAGAACUUAUCCGACUAACCGGGAGGUAUUCGCCCCCGACUAUUCUUUCUCCGGCUAACGUAAUGUGGAUGAAUUUCACAAGUGACGCCAGUAGUUCGGAUAUCGGAUUUCAGUUUGAAAUUUCUCUGUAUAACAAAUCAGGUGUUCGUUUAGUAGAUGGCACAACUGUCUUUAACGGUCGGGUUGAGGUAUACACGGAUUCCUACGGCUGGGGCACUGUAUCUAGCUUGAGAUGGAACCUAAAGGAUGCUUCCACAGUCUGUAAAGAGCUUGGUCUUCCUGGGGCUAUAAGCGAGGUCACCAAUGCUUACUAUGGACCUGGAACAGGCGUAGUUGUCAUGACUAAUGUCGACUGCAGUAAUGAUAUCUUCCGACUUCAGGAUUGUAAUUUUCAAAGUCCCUGUUCUGCUUGCCCACACUCCCAAGAUGCUGGGGUAAAUUGCCACCGGCCAAACUACUUAGGGUGCUACAACUUACCAAAUCUCCAAUCCGGUUCGAGUACUGCCAAAAGUGUCGAUGCCUGUAUAUCUAAAUGCGACCAGGCCAGUAUGAGGUAUGCUGCCGUCAACGGCGACAAAUGUUUCUGCCGCUCAGAUAUGACCCUUCCGGAAUCACCCGAAGACGAUUCGAUGUGCGAUCGUCAAUGCUCGGAAAAUCAAAACCAGGCCUGUGGUAGUUCACAUGGAUCUUCAAUAUUUACAGUAUACGAUACCGAAUUUGCCAAAUGCAACGAUCCUGAUAUCCCAGAAAACAGCACAAGAACAGGAAACAGUUUUCAGUUCGGGUCAAAGUUAAAAUACAACUGUUCUGAAGGCUUUGAUCUGAUUGGAUCAUGGGAGAUCACGUGUGUGGAAGGGAUAAGUUUACAAGACCCUGUGUGGGAUCACGACGUACCAGAAUGUAUAGCCCGCGUCGAAAACACCACUCAACCAACGAAUACCACAGCAUUGCCACAAGAGGAAUUACCCAAUAACGACCUUCUCAACAUUCUGACAAUCGUCCUCGUGGUCGUCUUCUCGUUCAUCUUCCUCGUCAUCCUCCUAUGCUGUAUCUGUCGAUGUCGGAAGAAAGGAAGGUGUAAAAGGAAACCAAAGAAGACGGAGAUGUGGUAUUAAAACUAAACAUCUCAGUAAAAACAAAAUUAAACAACCUUGUAUAAACUUGAAUUUCUAUAUGAACCUAUCAUCGGCUGUUCUAAAUUGAAUAACUUUUGACAAAUUUCAACAAUAAAAUUCGAUUUUCAAAUAUUAGAAUUUCAACACUGUUGUUUAAAUUUCAUAAAGAUUUGUUUAAAAUUCAAACACCUGAUCGGUUCAUACAGCAACCCGUGUUGUAUAAAGCGUUUUUAUUGUGUUCACACUACCCUCGCUUGCCAUGUAUUUUGUCCCACGAUUUACACGAAUCAAUGAUUAGGGGGUAAAUGAACUAUCUUUGUCACGUCAUUACUGCGAUGUUUUUUUUUAUCUGUGUAUUUAUAUGUAAAUGAUAGUACUUCAUAGACGGGGAUAAUGCUUCUAUUUACUGGAUCAGUAUGUAAGCUUGGAGGGCAAAAAAUAUGGAAUUUACAUCUUUCUGCGUAAGACUUUGCAUGCAAUGUAAAACUGAUAGGGGUUUGUGUCAGAAGGAAAUUGGAUAUGAAGAGAUAUUUCACUUAUUCAAAUCACCAAUUUGAUAACAUUGUGAAAGUAAAAUAAAUAAGUAAAUAAAUAGAAUAAAUGGAUAAAUAAUUAAAUAAACAAAUGAAUAAAUAAAUCAAUAAAUGAACAAAUGAAUAAACAAAAUAUUUUCAUAUUUUUAUUAUGCCCAUCGUGUGACAACACCAAACAGCCCAACUUAUAUUGUAAUGAAUUGAUGUACUCUAUAUCCUAAGAUGAGAACACAUUAAUACAUUCCAGAAUGAUAUACAAUACAUUUAACAUUGUAGAUAGUCCACCUUGGCAUUAAAAAAGGAGAUAUGAGCCAGUCAUUUUAAGAAAUAGGUCAAUGAAAUACAAAUUUGUUAUAUUCUUGGUCGCUUGAAAUACUUCAUUGUUUCAUAUAGGCCUAUAAAUGCUAACAAUUAUGAGUAAAUUUGUCAGCAAUUAACCCCUCCCCUGAACCAUCCCGCACCAUUAUGAAAUAACUUGUUUUUUCACUCUAAAAAAGAAGAGUAAAAAACGACCUGAUAUUGGGCAAAAUACAAGUUUAAAGGGUAAAUUUUAACGCAGCAUUGCGUAAAGUUUGCUAAGUAUUUGGUAUCAUUUUACCCAGCAAACAUACAUGUUCCCAUUUUACCCAAUAUUGGGUAAACAGAAAGAAUGUGUACAUUAUAUUACACAAUUGUCUGUAAAUUAGAAUCGCAUCUAUUCUGUCACCUUUGUAUAUUAUAUUAAUCAUUGAUUUUACAUGAUUUUGAUUGCAAUGUUGAUCAUAAACCUACCGAUCGAUAGUAUACCUUCUAGAAAUAAAUUAUUUCUUUAUAGGUAACAAUGGCAUAUAGGCCUACAUAAUUGUGUGCGGCCAUCCGUAAGUUAUCUAAACUUUACUUUGUUACAGUGGAAAACACUCCGUCCCUUGGAUAGGACGUUAAAUUGUGGCCCCGUGUAGAGGAGAGUCACACAUUUACACUAAUCAUAAAUUAUAAACCCGGUGUAGUGGUCCACCUGCAUUCUCCCAAUCAGUUUUAUUUGGAAGAGAGACCUGCGGGUCGUAGUGAUUCAGUUCGCUUUUCACAUCUCAGGCACAUGUGACACCAAACAAAAUAAUAAUAAAAGAGACCCGUUGUAAUUUUUCUUUUUUUUACCUGAUUUCUUCAGCAAUGUGCCAAAUUGUAACCAUUAAAUCUAUUUGAUUGAAAAAAAAAUGAUUAUCUAGAUAAGGUUGGAGAAACCUUCAGUGGCCAUGGUGAAUUUGAUUAUUUUAUGAUGAGCAUUAAUUUCAUUCACUGUACAGUUAAAUUAUCUAUAACAUGCAAUAAAUAGGCGAUGUCAUGGGUGAACGAUGGUGAUGAUGGUCAUUAUGUCUGGUUGUGUUUUAAGAAACAUGUUUGUACUCUUGUUUUCGCUUUAAUAUGCCUUCAUUUAUAUUUACGUUGAUAUUUUGUACUUUUUUUUACACUGAGUAAGUAAUUGACAUUUUUAACUGAAAACGAAAAUCGAAAAACGCGGGAGCAAAUUAAUAUGACAUCAUAAUUUAUUAUUCCUGGUUCACACGCCGGAUGUUUUUGUUAUGGAAAUUUUCUUAGUCUUCAACAAGUUUUUCUAAACGACCGAUUCGUUUUUGUACGUAUCAAAUGCAUUCGGAAACUGUGUGGAUAAAUCAUUUGAUAUAUAGAAUACUAACUUUCGAUAUUUAUGUUGUAUAAAGAUAUCGAUUUGAUGAAUAAUCAACGGAGACUUA